AUGGAUGCAUAUACAACAGAAGUCUGCAACGAGGUGAUGGACUCUAUGGAGUAUACACCGGGUAUGUCACUCGAUGAUAUGGUUACCAAUGCCCCAUGCUUGGGCAAUAUGAAAUGUACCGAUGCUUUAGUUCGAUGUCUAGAGGCAGAGGGAGUUAAAUAUAUCUUUGGUAUCCCUGGUGAGGAGAAUCUAGAUUUCCUAGAGUCGAUUCGUGUGGCUGAACAAGAGGGUCGGAUCAAGCUCAUCCUCACGAGACACGAGCAAGCAGCUGGUUUUAUGGCAGCUACUGUUGGCCGGCUUACUGGUCAGCCUGGCGUCUGCUUGUCGACACUAGGACCUGGUGCUACUAAUUUCUCAACUGCUGUUGCAUAUGCUAAGCUUGGUGGUAUGCCUAUGUUGGUCCUAACUGGACAGAAGCCAAUCAGGCAUUCCAAACAGGGACAGUUCCAAAUCGUAGAAUGGAUGUUGGGGUAA